AGGAAAUCAUGGUUUUCGUAUCAUAAUUUUGUUUGGAAAGGAUUACCUCUAAUCGCUGAUCAAUAAUCCGCUUAGUGGAUACAGGAGAAUACCAGGUGGUACCUUGGGGAAACAGGUACUGGACAAUUUCAUAAAGUGAUAUAGACACAACAAUCAACAGUACUAAGUUGGUCCGAGUUCCUGGGACUUGAUUAUCAGUGCAAUAGUCUUGAAUUGUUAAUGCGUUAAUUGAAAUUUGAAAGAGUUUAUUAGGAAUAAUAUCGAGUGAUUUUAUGUGUGAAUAAGUCAUUUUUGAACAUUUUAAUUAUUUUUUCGUACUAAGAACAACUCAGAUAUACAGACAAUACGGAGAUAUCUCAAUUGAAGCUAAGAUGGGUGAGAGUGGCGAUGGGGACUACGUGCUGAGUGACGAGAGCGCUAAACAGCUCGUAGAAGCUCUUGAUGUUGGCCAGGAGAUAUCCAUUGAGAUGAAGGUCGUGGGAGAAUUCCGACUAUGGAUGAUACUGGGAAUCAUUCUAUCUGGGAUCACAAUAAUAGUCGUAAUACUGUGCUGUAUUUUUGACUGCCGGGUGCCACGUAGCAAACAAGAGAUUGAAGAGGACAAGAGGCGCCGAAAGAUGGCACAACGAUAUGUCGAGGAAUUUGAUCGUGUAACACACUCUGUUUUUGAACAAGAGAAUGCACCGACCAAGAAAAAUACCUCUCGUGAAAAACAAGGAGUCCACAACCCAGCAUUUAACGACGGGACCACUGAAACCCUAAAAGGGGGGCGCAUUGGUAACGGUCACAACUACCCAGGGGCAGUCCCCGGGCCGAGUGAUUACACUCCUGGGGAACAGGAAUGGACAGUACAUAAUGAUGAUGAUGCAACAGCUGUCAAACGCAGUACUCAUACUUCUACUACUCAUUACAGACCAAUGGAUGGGAAUGCAAGAGUACAAGACAAUGGUGGACCGAGGAAAUAUAGACAAGAUGUGGAAAAGGGGGAGACCGAAUAGAAAUGCAACCUAUAAUUGUUGUUAACAGCAAGGCCUUUUAAGUGAUUUUCAUUUCAAUGAAAUACACGGUUGAUCAAUAAAUACUGAG